AUGUAUACUUCAACACCCUCUUUGAAGAGAAAGCGCCCCGCAGAGGAGGACCUCGAUUCGUCCCUUCUCACUCCGAUGAAAAGUACCCGUCGUAAGGCGAUCAGCUCCAGGAUGGGACAAGACCCAGGAAAUACCAUCGAUCCAACCAGCGACGCAGUGCCAAAUCCAACACAGAAGGCAAGAAACUCCAGGAGCACGAAGACCACCACCACCACCACCACAUCAAGCAGUCCCGCCGCUCCUGAGCGUCGCCGUAGGAUGUUUCGAAGCUCCCCUCCCAAGAGUUUUCAACCACGCUUCAAGCGGGCUAUCACCCAGCGCAUGUUCGUGGUUGGACAGACUGUUGCGGGAACGGACCAGGCGCCGGAGCUGCAAUUUGACAUUGUCGGAACGACUGGGAACCUUUACAAGACAAUAAUCGGGAAAGAGCCGGCCUGCAACUGUCCUGACGCUUUGAAAGGCCAUCAAUGCAAACAUAUCUAUUACGUCCUCGCAAAAGUCCUCAAAGCUCCAGCCCAUUUGCAGUACCAGCUAGCAUUUCUAUCGUCUGAGCUGCGCGAGAUAUACCACAACUCUCCACUGCGCCAUGUACAGAGCAAAUCCGAGGAAGCUGACACUGACGGUCGGCGAAAGCCCGUGGAAGGCGACUGCGCUAUCUGCUUUAUGGAAUUCAAGCCGGAGCGAGAAGAAAUCGUCUGGUGUCGAGCCGCCUGCGGCAACAACAUCCACAAAGCCUGCUUCCAAAGGUGGGCCGUUAGCCAGCACGCACAGGGUGUUCGCUGCGUCUACUGUCGCGCUCCCUGGCAAACUCAGGACGCUGACGGUAAAGUCGACAUCGACCUGGGACAACUCCUCAGCCAAGCGGAACGUGGAGAAGAAGGUUACAUCAACGUGGCAAGCCAAAUGGGUCUAUCCGGUGAACGUGAUUAUUCAACCUACUAUCAUCCGUGGGUGCACCAGCGCUCAUACUAUUCUGGGCAGCGUAACGACUCUGAAUCUUACUAUUAA